AUGCAGAGCACAUGGAAUUAUCGCGUCUAAGUUACUAUGACUGCAAGAAGAGCGCGCGCAGGCUGUCAACAAACAUACGUCACCAAGCGACCAACCAGCGCCACGGUGACUGAUGUUACGGACAGAUUUUUGUUUCAUCCGCCGUAACCCUCCCUUAAAACCUUGGUUACUGUAAAAAAGAGUACCACAGCAACCGCCUUAUUUGUAAGACACUUUGGCUAAAAUAUUUAUUUUUAUCGUUUUUUGAGAUAACAAACACUGCUGCAAUAUAAGAAAAAAUGAUAAGUAGCGGUUUAGUGUGAUAUCAACGUGUUUGUACACAGUUGCGAAGGGAUACUGUGACUAAAGUGACAACUAAGGGGGAGGGGGCAUAUGUUUAUUAGGACUGGAGUGGGUGUUUAAGGGGCUUGUUACUGUGGUACUGUACUGGGAGGGAAAUCUAAAGAAGAGACGAUGGUAGUUGGUUUGACGGUGUGGUCUUGACAACUCUGGUUUCAAACAAAACUGCGUCACUUAAUUCAAGCUUCUCUUCUUUAGUGUACUUUCCGUGGACUGAAGAGCAUCUUGCGACCUGUGUCGUAGACACAGGAAGAAAGAAGUUUCAAGCCUUGUGCAGGUUGGCAUGCCAGCGGAGGGUGAGAAGGUGUAACCUUACUAAGACUACAUCAUGUUUAAAAACACGUUUCAGAGUGGGUUCCUUUCAAUCUUGUACAGUAUUGGCAGCAAACCUUUACAAAUAUGGGACAAAAAGGUCAGAAAUGGUCACAUUAAAAGAAUCACAGAUAAUGAUAUCCAAUCACUAGUCUUGGAAAUUGAAGGAACAAAUGUCAGCACUACUUAUAUUACAUGCCCAGCCGAUCCAAAGAAAACGUUAGGCAUCAAGCUACCGUUUCUGGUAAUGAUCAUAAAGAACCUGAAGAAAUACUUUACUUUUGAGGUUCAGGUGCUGGAUGAUAAAAAUGUGCGUAGGCGAUUCCGGGCCAGUAACUAUCAGAGCACGACGAGGGUAAAACCCUUCAUAUGCACCAUGCCUAUGCGUUUGGAUGAUGGCUGGAACCAGAUCCAGUUCAACCUGUCUGAUUUCACAAGAAGGGCGUAUGGCACAAACUAUAUUGAAACUCUGCGAGUGCAGAUUCAUGCAAAUUGCCGUAUUCGGAGAGUUUAUUUCUCUGACCGACUGUACUCUGAAGAUGAACUUCCAGCAGAAUUUAAAUUAUAUCUCCCAGUACAGAACAAAGCUAAGCAAUAAAAUUUUUCUGGAGAGCGCUAGACGAUGACAUCGAGGACUUUGUGACUUGUAAUUUUGAAGAUAACAAGAUGGGGGGGAUAAUGUAUAAUAUCACUGUUUUAACAUUUCACUUAUUUAAUGUAUGUUAAUAGGUAAGAUUACGUGUUGACAAUGAAAACAAGCUUAUUCAUAA